AUGGACGACGGACGACGGGCGAUCAAACGCCUCGCGAGUGAUGUGGUGAAUCGCGUCGCCGCGGGAGAGGUGAUACAUCGACCGGCGAACGCGGCGAAGGAGUUGGUGGAGAACGCGCUCGACGCCGGCGCGUCGACGAUACACGUGCAGGCCAAGGAGGGGGGGAAGCGGUUGUUGUCGGUGCAGGACGACGGACACGGGGUUCGCUUGGAUGAUUUACCGCUGUUGUGCGAGCGACACGCGACGUCAAAGAUUGAGACGUACGAAGACCUGAAGACGUGCGCGAGUUUUGGGUUUCGAGGCGAGGCGCUGGCGAGCAUGAGUUACGUCGCGCACGUGACGUGCACGACGAUGGCACGAGGGGCGGCGCACGCAACGAGGUGCUCGUACGCAGACGGGAAGAUGGAUCGAGAUGGCGCGAAGCCAUGCGCGGGGGUACCGGGGACGACGAUUAGCGUGGAGAAUUUGUUUUUCAACGUGGUGACUCGGCAAAAGGCGCUGAAGAGCGCUUCGGAGGAGUACGCAAAAAUUUUAGAGGUGUUACAGCGGUACGCGGCGCUGCGAACGGACGUAGCGUUUACGUGUCGAAAGCAAGGGGAGUCACGAACGACUUUACACGCCCCGGUGGCAGAGUCACGCGUCGAGCGCUUGCAGGCCAUCUACGGACCCGCCGUGGCGAAGGAUUUGAAGACGCUCGAGUUCGACACAGCAACGUCGAAGAAAAAGUUUGAUUUCAAGCUUAAAAUAGACGGAUUGAUCAGCGGGGGGAAUUACCACUCGAAGCGAACGACGUUCAUUCUAUUCAUUAACUCUCGUUUGGUGGAGUGCGCGCCGCUAAAACGCGCGUGCGAGUCGGUGUACGCGGCUAUUCUCCCGAAGGCGGAGAAACCAUUCAUUUUCAUGCACCUACAGCUCCCGUUCGAGGACGUCGAUGUCAAUGUGCAUCCGACCAAGCAAGAGGUACAAUUCUUGCAUCAAGACGCCAUCGUAGAGGUGAUUCAGAGCAAGGUUGAGAAAAUCUUACUCGCGACGAACUCCACGCGGUCGUUCACGGUGCAGACGCUCCUCCCGGGCGCAGAGCGACUCGGCGGCGGCGCGAACGCCGAGACUAGCGGAGACAAGGAGAACAGCGUGCGAGACGACGGCUUUGGGGUAACGCAGGCAAAGACGCCAAAGACAACGCAGAGAGAGAAAGCGGGGGGCGAUCACAAGCUCGUACGAACCGACGCUAACUUGGCGGCGGGAAGUUUGGACGCAUACCUGCAGCGAGCGAUGAACUCAGAGGGCAAGGAGCACGAGAAGAUCCAAGAGGUUCGACGAGCGGUUCGAGAGCGUCGCGGACAAAGAGUCGAGGCGGAUGACACGUACGUGUGCGAGCUCACGUCCGUGCGCGAGCUCAACGAACAGAUUGCGAACGCGGCGCACAGAGAACUCGGUGAGAUCAUCAAGAAUCACACGCUCGUCGGAGCCGUGGACGGACGCAAGGGCGUGUGGUUGAUGCAACAUCAGACGCGACUUUACAUGGUGGACGCGGUGAAACUCAGCGAGGAGAUGUUCUAUCAGAUAACACUUCGGAAUUUCGCGAAUUUUGGGUCUCAAGCGCUCGAGCGACCAGCGCCGAUUCCCGAGCUCGCGUUGUGCGCGCUCAAGGAUAAAUUCGCCGAGCCCAAUUCUUGGGACGACGCUGAUGGAACGAUGGAGCAGGUGGCCGAGAAGAUCGCCGACAUGCUCGCCGAAAAGGCUGACAUGUUGAAGGAGUACCUCGGAAUAGUCAUAGACGACGGUAGAAGAAUAUCGGGCCUGCCUGUGAUGCUCCCGGGAUACGCGCCGGAAAUCGGCAAGCUUCCCGAAUUCGUCUUGGCGCUUGCCGAGGAUGUGGAUUGGACCGAUGAAAAAGCGUGCUUCGAAGCCCUCGCUCGCGUCCUCGGUACGUUUUAUGCCAUCGACGGCGCGCACGACGACGUCGACGACGACGACACGAACGGAACGAAGGAAUCACCCUCGCUUCGCGUCGCCCGCCUCGUCGUCUUCCCAGCGAUGAAGCGCCGACUUCUCCCGCCGAGGCGAUUCGCUGAUUCCGGCGAGGUGGUCCAGAUCGCCUGCCUCGAGCGGCUGUACAAAAUAUUUGAAAGAUGUUAG